UUUUGGCGCAAUCCUCCAGCAACGGCAAGAUGAUGACGACGAGGCGUGUGGUUGUGGGCUUGCUGUUGUUUGUGUUGAUGGCUGCUGGCCAUGUGCAUGGGAAGCAGCAGAAGCAGCCGCACAUCAUCUUCUUCCUCACGGACGACCUUGGGUGGAAUGCGCCUUCCUUCCACAACAAUGAGAUCAUCACGCCCACCUUGCAUCAUCUGCACGCCAAUGGGGUCGAGCUCUACAGUCACUACACAUACAUGUUCUGUUCUCCAACCCGCGCCAGCUUUCUCACUGGACGCUUUCCGUACAAACAUGAGAUGACAAACACCAACUUGCUACCGCCGACGCGCAUGCUGGGCCUUGACCUCUCCUACACAACGCUCGCCGACAAGCUCAAGCAGGCCAACUACUCCACGCACCACAUCGGCAAGUGGCACCUUGGCAUGUACAAGAAGGAGUACACGCCUCGCUACCGCGGCUUUGAUACAACGUUUGGCUUCUUGACAGGAGGAGAAAACCACUACACGCAACGCGCAUUCGUGAGCCCACCAGCUGUGGACCUGUGGGACGAAGAAGCACCUGCGUACGGGAUGAACGGCACGUGGACGGGCAAGAUGUUCACUGAUGCUGCCCUCGAUAUCAUCCGCAACAACGCCCAACUCCGCAACGCAACAGGCGACGCGCCCCCGCUCUUCAUCUACUUUGCCCUCCAUGACGUGCAUGCGCCAACGCAGUCGCCCGUGCGGCUGGCGCAACUGUACAACUUCACUGGCGACGACGCGGGCCUCAAGAGCACCUUCUACGGCAUGAUCUCGGGCGUGGAUGAGGCUGUGAGGAACGUGACGGAUGCGCUCAAGGCAGCGGGCAUGUGGAACGAUACCCUCCUUGUCUGGACAUCUGACAACGGCUCACCCACGAUGGGGUCGUUCAAUGGCGGGUGCAAGAACGUUGUUCCCGAUUCCAGAGGUGGCGCAUGCAUGUGCGGCUCAAACUACCCACUGCGCGGAUCGAAGCACACCAACUUCGAGGGCGGCGUGCGCACGCCAACGUUUGUUUCGGGGCCCGUGCUGCCUGCACAUAUGCGCGGGAAGCGGCUGGACGGGCUGAUGCACGUGUGCGAUUGGUACAGCACGCUCUGCUCUGUCGCUGGCGUGGACCCUGCUGACCCCGGCGGCAUUGCGCCGCUUGACGCAAUCGACAUGUGGCCUUACAUCAGCGGUGCCGUGUCGGAGUCCCCACGUGACUUUAUCGUGCACGACCACCGCAUGUUCACGUCAAACAUUACGGGCGCCAUCCGCAAGGGCGACUGGAAGCUGUUUGUGGACCCGGAUAUGAAGUGGGCAAACUGGUUUGGCUUUUUCGCGCCAAACGCCUCCGUCCCAGAUCCGCCCAAGGAAACCCUCCAGUGCCCGCGUGAAAGCCCUUGCCUCUUCAACAUCAAGAAGGACAUGACCGAGCAACACAAUGUUGCAAAGGAGCACCCUCUCGUGGUGAUGGAGAUGCUUGCGCUGUUCGACAGCCUGAACAACGAGUAUCACCCGCCCAAAGACGCAGCGCCCACAAACUCCACCGCCUUCUACGCGUACGUGAACGCACACAACGGGUUUCUUGGACCGUUCAUGAGCCCGUAUGCUGCCCCCGAGGAUGAUGGCCAGCAGUAACAGGAUCCGCAAUUCCCAUCCAGUGAACCUUGGCGACUUGGCACGAAACCGCGUGAAGGCGCUGUCACGGGAUGUUGGCCGCGUUAACCCCACAGAUGCGCCACUGUGUUGUGGUCGUGUUUGAACCCCGCAGUGACCACGAUAUCACUGUUGAUGUGCGAAACUUCACAGUGACCGCAAUGUGCUCUUGCCUGUGUCCUAUUGUAAUUUUGUGGACACUUCCUGUCCGUCUCACGAGUCACAUAGUGUGUGAAGCACUAUUAACAACAGCAUGGGAAGCCAAC